AUGAUCAAACUAGCGCUACUUGCGGUGAUACUUCCACUCGUAUUCGCGCAGAAUAGCACUACAAUAUCUCAUGCCAGCUCUUCAACCACCAGCGGUCAUGCAGCGGCUGUGGCCCAGCCCACAGCAGCAGACAUUGAGAACAUACGCCUUGCCAGAGUCCUCGGGUGCAUCUGGCUCGCUAUCGUUGCUGUUCUUUUCGUCAAUCGCUGGACCAACACACUACUGAAGCAUCUACGGCGCCUUGCUAACCUCAACCACAGCAUCUCCAGCGAGGGCAGGCAGAGCUACUUCAGCAUUCCCAACGAGAGACUGGCGAAGCUGAAGCGCCACCUGUUCAGACUUUCAGCCGCGACCAACAUUGGCACACUACCGACCCGACUGCAGACUAUCGUCGUAGUCGGGUAUCUUGCACUCAACUUUAUCCUCUGCGCUGUUACAAUCAACUGGCAUGACAAGCAUGCGUUUUACGUGGAGGGCCGCAACCGCACCGGAGUCCUUGCGGUGCUAAAUAUGAUACCAUUGAUCCUACUGGCAGGCCGCAACAACCCCUUACUCUGGCUUCUCGACAUCACCUUUGACACCUACAACCUUCUCCAUCGAUGGAUUGGCCGCAUCGUAGUCCUCGAGGCUGUUACGCACGCCAGUUUUUGGAUGGCCGGAAUGAUCGCUACGUCGGGAUCCCACAAAGGCUGGGCGAUGAUCAAAGCGGCUAUGGCUAGCAGCCAACUUAUCAUGACCGGUACAAUCGGAGCCUGCACGCUUGCGACCAUACUCCUGCUGACACCGUCUAUCGUGCGGCACGCAUUCUACGAAACGUUUCUGCACAUCCACAUUCUGCUCGGUAUUGUAGCUAUCGCUGCAACUUGGGUCCAUACGAAGCAUCUGACCACUCUGCACGUCUUUGUGCAGGUUGCCAUCACAUGCUGGGUCAUUGAACGAGUGCUACGGGUGUACAGUCUUGUCCGCAACAACACCGGCAGAGGCGUUACCAAAGCUGAAGUGGAAGCGCUGCCAGGAGAUGCUGUGAGAAUCACUCUCCGCAUGGCCAGGCCGUGGAAAUUUCGACCCGGUCAGCAUAUCUUCCUGUAUAUGCCAACCGUCGGUCUGUGGACUAGCCAUCCGUUCUCACUUGCCUGGAGCAACGAGGAUGAAUUCCAUACGGAGAAGGGCCUGCCAAUGAACCGUUUCGAUAUAUACACCGCUGGCAAGCCCACCUCUAUGUCUCUCAUUGUCCGCCGCCGGACCGGCUUUACCGAUGCCAUGUACCGCAAAGCAGAGAAAUCGCCGCAAGGAAGGUUCAAUACGACAGCUUUCGUGGAGGGUCCAUACGGCGAUCAGAGCUUCCAGUCGUAUGGCACUGUAAUGCUCUUCGCUGCUGGGGUUGGCAUCACCCAUCAAGUCCCUCACGUGCGCGAUCUGGUCGGUGCAUAUGCCAACGGCACAUGUGCAACCCGCAGAGUCAUCCUGGUCUGGAUCAUUCAGUCUCCAGAGCACCUUGAAUGGAUCAGGCCGUGGAUGACGCAGAUUCUCGGCAUGAGCAAACGGCGCGAUAUUCUCAAGAUCCUGCUAUUUGUUACUCGGCCGCGGAGCACCAGGGAGAUCCACUCGCCGAGUGCAAGUGUGCAGAUGUUUCCAGGCAAGCCGGAUGUUGGGGCGUUGAUUGACAAAGAGCAAGCGCAGCAGGUCGGCGCUAUGGCAAUCAGUGUUUGUGGCACAGGUAGCCUGAGUGAUGAUGUGAGGAAGGCUAUGAGAGAUCGGUGCGAAAUGACGGAGAUGGACUUUUUUGAAGAGGCUUUUUCAUGGUAA